UGCGCCGGUCGGUGACGGAAUUUGUCUCAGCGGGAUCCAGUCGACAGGUGGUAGUCAUUUUUAGAUCCUCUGUGACCUCAUACGUCAAUACCCAAAUUGUGUAUGCGUGCGCGUAUGUGCGUGUGUGGGUGUUUCUUUUAUAUGCGUGGGUGUGUUACAUUCUGUGCAUGAAUAUUUGUGAAUUGUGCGUCUUUGGGAAUGUGGUGUGUAUGUGGUCGUUUGUGCUGCCUUUGUGUAAGAGUGUGUGGGGUUUGUUUUUGAGAGUGAAUCGUGGAUGUGUGUGGUGUGCUUGGUGCAUAUGUUUGUGACCAGAGUUCACAUCUCACAUGGCCCCCCUCCCAUGCCACGCCUCAACCCAUGCUUCUAUUUAAAGGGCCCCCAAGCGGGCGUCUCACCCACUGACCGAGUGAGCGAGCAACGAGACGGAAGGCUUGCCACCGUUUGCGGGAAGAUCUGGAAGCUGACCCGAAAGGAUCAUCAGACUUUAGCAACGGAUUUGCGACAUCCUCCGCCACGUCUCUUAGAUCGGGACAGAGUGGGCUCGGGCGGCGUCCCUCCUGGAACGAUGAGCGGCCCCCAAACGGAGCCCCCCGCGUUCAAACGUGCGGUGAGAAAAAUCCGAUGCGCCGCCGUGGUGGCCAGCUUGGCCAAGAGUUGGCAGGGUUGGGCCAACGAGCACGCCGACAAGCAGGACGCCGCUCCUACUGGGUGGAUGCCUUGCUCAACGGGCCAGAAGGACGCAACCGAGCGGCGCCCCGUGGACAAAGUUGCGAAAACCAGGAAAAAGGACUCUAGUGACGCCGAUCCCAUCCGGAGUGUUUCCAUCUCUAAAACUGUUCAACCCAAACUGAGCGAGUGUGGCGGGGAUCUGGUCAAUGCCAUCCGCGGGAAGAUGGAGUCGGGUCCCGAGGAUAGCAAACCCUUCUUGGGUAACGAGUCGCCCACGCGGCGGCGCCACAUGAGAGCGCUGCAAGUGAGCGGCGCAGGCGGGAGUGGCAUCAUCCACGAUAGGAAGUUGAUGCUGCGGGACAGGAAGCUGAGCACCAGUAGCAGCAGCCUGGACACGGUGGACAGCGGCUUGGGAGAUGAGGUGGCGCCCGGAGACGGCGCAGACGGCAAGAUGGAAACGACGAAUGUCAAGUGGAAAAAAGUUGGCCGCAGGCCCACGAUUAAGAUCACCACCAGUGGUGACAUUAAGAGUCGCUGGCAGCAGUGGUCCGAGGAGCACACGGAGGGCCAGAAACUCAAUCCCUUCAGCGAGGACUUUGACUACGACUACGCCAUGAGCCUGCGCCUGCGCAAGGGCGACAGCGGUUACGGGCGCCCCAAAGAAGGCUCCAAGACGGCAGAGCGGGGCGACCGUGCGCACAAGCAUAUUCGCAGGGAGAUGGAGGAGAUGGUGUGGAUCAUCCGGGACAUGGGCUUCCGGGACGGCGAGGGCCGCAGCGCGGUCACCUUCGGGCGCCUCUUCGACCGCUACGUGAAGAUCUCGGACAAGGUGGUCGGCAUCCUGCUGCGCUGCCGCAAGCAUAAGAUGCUCGACUUUGAGGGCGAAAUGUUGUGGCAAGGACAAGAUGACCACGUGGUCAUCACCGUGAGGGACUGAGAUCGGUUUGGGAGCCACACGGCGGGCCAGCGGACAUGGCGACACUUCAUCGAAGGACUCCAUUAGAAAGGUCCCCCUUGCCAAUGUUGGCCUAGAAUGUGAAGAAAUCCAUCCCCCUGUAUGAAAUUCUGUUUUUCAGCUUGAUUCCACUUCUGUGGACAUUUAUCGAGCUCGGAGGAGGAUGUGGAUCGGACAAUUGGAAACAUUCAUUCAUUCAUUCAUCUUCCGAGCCGCUUGAUCCUCACUAGGGUCGCGGGGGGGUGCUGGAGCCUAUCCCAGCUGUCUCCGGGCAGUAGGCGGGGGACACCCUGAAUCGGUUGCCAGCCAAUCGCAGGGCACACAGAAACGAACAACCAUUCGCACUCACACCUAGGGACAAUUUAGAGUGUUCAAUCAGCCUGCCACGCAUGUUUUUGGAACGUGGGAGGAAACCGGAGCACCCGGAGAAAACCCACGCAGGCCCGGGGAGAACAUGCAAACUCCACACAGGUAGGCCGGAGUUGGAAUCGAACCCGGUACCUCUGCACUGUGAAGCCGACGUGCUAACCACUGGACUACCGGGCCGCCCAAUUGGAAACAGAAUUGGAAAUAACACAUCUUUCGUGCUAUCUUUUUUUUUUUUAAUCCAUUAUACUUUAUUUAAUCCAAGUCACAAAAUGUGGUCAUGUGCAUCCAAGUAAAUAAACAAAUCGAAAGAAAAUGACUUGAGUUAGCAAUCGCUUGUUGACUAUGUAUUCAAUAAAUGUGAUGCGUUCAGAUUAUUUUCUAAGUGUUUUUUUUAAUUUACUUUUUCAUUGAUGUUGAAGUGCUUGAAAUCAAACCCGACAGGACUUGACUCUAACAUUCGCGUGAACAAUUUAAGGUUUUGCCCUUUUAGGAAAAUAAUUAAUCAAAGAAGACAUCAUUAAAACGGGAAAUUGACAUGCCCCAUUAUGCUUGGCCGAGGUAACGAUUACGAUUAUUGUCAUGGAAUGUUUUUCACGUUAUGACUUCAAAAUAGCGUUGUUUUCCGUUGUCACUACCCAAGCCACGAACAGCUAAACAACCUGCAUUGGGUGACUUUGGAGUAAUAAUAAUAAUUACAAAGUAUAUUAAAUCAUCUGUAAACGGGA